GCUGACAAGUAUAUUGUUACCUUCAAGGAACUUGCCUUCCAAACAAAAUACAAUUCAAUUGCUCUUAUCAAGCAAUUUCAGCAAGGACUUCACCAAUCUCUCCUUGAUAAGAUUUAUGCCCUACCAGAGAUGCCAAAAAAACUCAAAGACUGGUACAAGUAUGCUUUGAGAUUUGAUCAGCAAUGGCAAAAACUU